AUGGACGACAGGAUACAACUGCAAUACGGCUGCCCUGCCUAUAUCGAAGGCGUUGGCACCUCAUAUGGAUACGUCCCAUCGCUAGGAGCAGGCAUUGCCUACUGCGCACUAUUUGGUCUCUCGAUGAUCGUGCACACAGUUCAAUUCACCUGGAAGCGACAAUGGUGGGCAAGUGUGUUUAGUGUCGGAUGUCUUGUCGAAGUAAUCGGCUGGGCUGGUCGUACCUGGUCAGCAAAAUGUCCAUACAAUACCACUGCCUUUCUGAUGCAAAUCUCCACCCUCAUCAUCGCCCCAACUUUCUUCACAGCAGGAAUCUACAUCCUCCUAGGCCGCUUCAUCCAAGUCCUUGGCCGCGAAUCCUCCUUCCUAAAGCCAAACCUAUACCUCUGGAUCUUCUGCACCUGCGACAUAAUCUCGCUCGUCGUCCAAGCUGUCGGCGGCGGCAUGGCCUCCGGAGAAGCCAACAAGAUCGGCGGCGACACCGCAACUGGAACCCAUAUUAUGGUUGCUGGCAUCGUCUUCCAGCUCUUCUCGAUUACCAUCUUCGUCUUCUGCGCGGUCGAUUUCAUCCGCCGCACUAUGCGCAACCAUCUGCUGCAGUCGGUAACAGGUUCGGUCAUCCCCCUGUUCGCCGCGAUGAUACUUUCCAUCGUCUGCAUCUAUAUUCGCAGUAUCUAUCCCGUAUUUCAUUGCGCUCGACGGCGCUACAAUGAGUUCGUAUCUCUCGAAUUCACCUAG